GCCGUUCUGGAAGGUUCUCUAGUAGUAUAUAAGCUGUGUGGGUAAGGUAAUAUAGCCGUUUUUCUUCUCCAGAAGUACUUGUGGCAGCUUCACGUUUGGGGCGCUUUAUUUUGAGGACAAAGCAGGUACAAUGUCUAAGGGACCAUCUGUUGGGAUUGAUCUUGGCACCACCUAUUCUUGUGUGGGCGUCUUCCAACAUGGCAAGGUGGAAAUCAUUGCCAAUGACCAGGGUAACAGGACCACGCCCAGCUAUGUUGCAUUCACUGACACAGAGAGGCUUAUUGGUGACGCUGCAAAGAAUCAAGUGGCUAUGAACCCCACCAACACUGUUUUUGAUGCAAAGCGUCUGAUUGGCCGCAGAUUUGAUGAUGCUGUUGUCCAGUCCGAUAUGAAGCACUGGCCUUUCACUGUGGUGAAUGAUGCUGGUAGACCAAAAGUACAAGUAGAGUACAAAGCAGAAACAAAAAGCUUUUAUCCAGAGGAAAUAUCCUCCAUGGUGCUAACCAAGAUGAAAGAGAUUGCAGAGGCAUACUUGGGAAAGACUGUUACAAAUGCUGUAGUUACAGUCCCAGCUUAUUUUAAUGAUUCCCAGCGCCAGGCUACAAAAGAUGCCGGAACCAUUGCAGGUCUCAAUGUGCUCCGAAUCAUUAAUGAGCCAACUGCGGCAGCUAUUGCUUAUGGCUUGGACAAAAAAGUUGGUGCUGAGAGAAACGUGUUGAUAUUUGACCUUGGUGGUGGCACUUUCGAUGUCUCCAUCCUCACCAUUGAGGAUGGCAUCUUUGAAGUAAAGUCAACUGCAGGUGAUACUCACUUGGGCGGGGAAGACUUUGACAACAGAAUGGUCAACCAUUUCAUUGCUGAAUUCAAGCGCAAACACAAGAAGGACAUCAGUGAGAACAAAAGAGCUGUUCGGCGACUCCGCACUGCCUGUGAGCGUGCAAAGCGUACUCUCUCCUCCAGCACUCAGGCCAGUAUUGAAAUAGAUUCUCUGUACGAGGGCAUUGACUUCUACACCUCAAUUACCAGAGCUCGCUUUGAAGAGCUGAAUGCUGACUUGUUCCGUGGCACUCUCGAUCCUGUGGAAAAAGCCUUGCGAGAUGCCAAGCUAGAUAAAUCUCAGGUGCAUGAUAUUGUACUGGUUGGCGGGUCCACCCGAAUCCCCAAGAUCCAGAAACUCCUUCAGGACUUCUUCAAUGGCAAAGAACUCAACAAGAGCAUCAACCCUGAUGAAGCUGUAGCUUACGGUGCAGCUGUUCAAGCUGCAAUUUUGUCUGGGGACAAGUCUGAAAAUGUGCAAGACCUGCUGCUACUGGAUGUCACUCCUCUAUCCCUGGGCAUUGAAACAGCUGGUGGUGUCAUGACAGUCCUGAUCAAACGAAACACCACAAUCCCCACCAAACAGACCCAGACAUUCACCACAUACUCUGAUAACCAGCCAGGUGUUCUCAUUCAGGUUUAUGAGGGGGAGAGAGCAAUGACAAAGGACAAUAACUUGCUGGGCAAGUUUGAAUUAACUGGCAUUCCUCCAGCUCCGAGGGGUGUACCUCAAAUUGAAGUUACAUUUGAUAUUGAUGCCAAUGGUAUCCUCAAUGUGUCUGCUGUGGAUAAGAGCACUGGAAAAGAGAACAAGAUCACAAUAACAAACGACAAAGGCCGUCUCAGCAAGGAAGACAUAGAGCGCAUGGUCCAGGAAGCAGAAAAAUACAAGGCAGAAGAUGAAAAGCAGCGUGACAAGGUGUCGUCCAAGAACUCCCUAGAAUCUUAUGCUUUCAAUAUGAAGGCUACUGUGGAAGACGAGAAACUUCAAGGCAAGAUCAGCGAUGAAGACAAGCAGAAGAUCUUGGACAAGUGUAAUGAGAUCAUCAACUGGCUAGAUAAAAAUCAGACUGCUGAGAAGGAAGAAUUUGAACACCAACAGAAGGAGCUGGAAAAAGUCUGCAAUCCUAUCGUCACCAAGCUGUACCAGAGUGCAGGUGGCAUGCCUGGAGGCAUGCCUGGUGGCUUCCCUGGUGGUGGAGCACCCCCCUCUGGAGGAGCAUCUUCUGGACCAACCAUUGAGGAGGUGGAUUAAAGCGCUAGAUGUGGACCACCUUCAGAACUGAAGGACUCAAACUCACCAAGGGCAUUCUUGAUACUUUGAACAUGUGCACAGGGAGGGGAAGGCAAACGCUGCACUUUACCAGCACCAGUACUGUAAAAAAAGUAGAAAUGCAACUUGAGUCCCAAUAAACUUAUUUAAUUGGCAACAUGAAA